AUGAUGGUGCUGAGUAUUGAAGAAUCAGAACACAGAGUACUGCCCACCCUGUACUGCAGAGCACUGCCCCCUGGCCUGGGGGAACGAGCACGGCCCCCUGGCCUGGGGGAACGAGCACUGCCCCUGGCCUGGGGGAACGUGAACCUGUCUGACCUGUCUGUCUGUGACCUGUCUGUCUCUCAGGAGCACUGCCCCCUGGCCUGGGGGAACGUGAACCUGUCUGACCUGUCUGUCUGUGACCUGUCUGUCUCUCAGGAGCACUGCCCCCUGGCCUGGGGGAACGUGAACCUGUCUGACCUGUCUGUCUGUGACCUGUCUGUCUCUCAGGAGCACUGCCCCCUGGCCUGGGGGAAGGAGCACUGCCCCCUGGCCUGGGGGAACGUGAACCUGUUUGAUUAUAAGUCCAUCCUGGUCUGUGGUAAAGUGGCUCUCAGUCUGUGGCCGGUUCCUCACGGUCUUGAGGAUCUGCUCAACCCCAUCGGAGUCGCCGGCUCCAACCCCAACAAGGAGACUCCCUGUGUGGAGCUGGAGUUCUCCUGGUUCAAUCAGACGGUGGUGUUUCCAGACGAGCAGCAGAUCGAGGAGCACGCCAACUGGACCAUCAGCAGAGAGCUGGGCUACAACUACAGCCUGGGCCUGAGCAGUCGUCUGGCCUGUGACAGCAGUGUUUCAGCAGCAGACGUGGAGCAGCUUCGCUCUCUCUGCUCCAAAGAUCCUCUAUACGAGCUGUCAGAGCAGGAGAAGGACUUCCUGUGGAGGCACAGACAUUACUGUGUGAACAUCCCUGAGUCUCUGCCUAAGCUGCUGCUGUCUGUCAAGUGGAACUCCAGAGACGAGGUUUCCCAGAUGUACUGCCUGCUGAAGGAGUGGCCUCUCAUGGAGCCGGAGUCUGCCCUGGAGCUGCUCGACUGUAACUUCCCUGACCCCAUGGUGCGCGAGUUCGCCCUGCGCUGCCUGGUGCAGGGCCUGACCGACGACCGCCUGUCCCAGUACCUGCUGCAGCUGGUGCAGGUGUUAAAGUAUGAGAUGUACCUGGACAAUCCCCUGGCUCGCUUCCUGAUAAAGAAAGCUCUGACCAAUCAGAGGAUAGGACACUUCUUCUUCUGGCACCUCAAGUCAGAGAUGCACAAUAAAACGGUGUCUCGUCGGUUCGGUCUGCUGCUGGAGGCUUUCUGCAGAGCCUGUGGCAUGUACCUGAAACACCUGAACCGACAGGUGGAAGCCAUGGACAAACUGGUGAACUUGACAGACACACUGAAACAAGAGAAGAAAGAUGAGACUCAGAAGACUCAGAUGAAGUUCCUGGUGGAGCACAUGUCCCGGCCCGACUACAUGGAGGCCCUGCAGGGCUUCGUCUCCCCGCUGAACCCCGUCCACCAGCUGGGAAACCUCAGGCUGGAGGAGUGCAGGAUCAUGUCGUCGGCGAAGCGCCCCCUGUGGUUGAACUGGGAGAACCCGGACAUCAUGUCUGAGCUGCUCUUCACCAACAACGAGGUCAUCUUCAAGAACGGAGACGACCUGCGUCAGGACAUGCUGACUCUUCAGAUUAUUAAGAUCAUGGAGAACAUUUGGCAGAACCAGGGCCUGGACCUGCGCAUGCUGCCGUACGGCUGUCUGUCCAUAGGGGACUGUGUGGGGCUGAUCGAGGUGGUGAAGAACAGCUUCACCAUCAUGCAGAUUCAGUGUAAGGGCGGCCUGAAGGGGGCGCUGCAGUUCAACUCCAACACCCUGCACCACUGGCUCAAGGACAAGAACCGCGGGGAGGCGUACGACCGAGCCAUCGACCUGUUCACUCGGUCCUGUGCUGGUUACUGUGUCGCCACGUUCAUCCUGGGGAUCGGAGACAGACACAACUCCAACAUCAUGGUGAAGGAGAACGGACAGCUGUUCCAUAUAGAUUUCGGUCACUUUCUGGACCACAAGAAGAAGAAGUUUGGUUACAAGCGGGAGCGAGUUCCCUUCGUUCUGACGCAGGACUUCCUCAUCGUCAUCAGCAAAGGCCUGCAGGAGUCCACCAAGACCAAGGAGUUCGAGAGGUUCCAGGAGAUGUGUUACAAGGCGUACCUGGCGAUCCGUCAGCACGCCAGUCUGUUCAUCAACCUGUUCUCUCUGCUGCUGGGCUGCGGCAUGCCGGAGCUGCAGAGCUUCGACGACAUCGCCUACCUGAGGAAGACGCUGGCGCUGGAGAAGACGCAGCAGGAGGCGUUGGAGUAUUUCACCAAGCAGAUGAACGAUGCUCAUCACGGCGGCUGGAGCACCAAGAUGGACUGGAUCUUCCACACCAUCCGCCACAUGCCCAACGAGCACUGA